CACGAUGCACUUGACCUUACAUGCCGGCGUUUUCUCACGGAACGGGAAAGCAAAUAGACGACUGAUCACGGGAUGACACGGCCUUUACCUCUACCUAACUGGCAGUCGGAAUGACGGUGACUGGUGUUUUUGGCGUUUGCUUCUCUCUUGCUUUUGGCUACGAAACCUUUUCCCCUUUCCCUUCCUCUCCCAUGGUGUCCAGCGAAGGCGGGGAAAGCAAGGGGUUGAAGAAAAUUGAACAGUCGUUUCUGGCUUGGGGGUAUAGCGGCGGCGAAGGAUCUCCAUUGCCUAUUGCAUCCAUUCCACACACCAAUUACUCUUUCUUGUUUCUAUUGGUUCGGCUUUUUCAUAAUGUUUUCAUUACUCUGUGGCAGGCAUUGAUGCUUCAUGGUUGUGAACUUUUGCAGGGGCACCUGGGGUUUGCUUACUUUUUUUUUUUUCUUUUUCUCUCUGAUAUUAUGGCAUGGCGGUCGUGGAGGCGACUGCUCGACGAGAGAUGAUAAUGAUGAUAAGCAUGGGCUGAGGUGUUGGAAGGGGAUUAGGAUAGUGCAAUGAGGUUGUGAAGUCAUGCUGGUUCGACUGCUGGC